AAGAAGAAGAAAAAGAAGGAGGUUUUUUUUUUUUUAUCGCGUCAUACACACGCGACUCAAUCAAACAUUCCUUGGUAACGUUAGCUGGCUAAAUGUGGCCGUUAACCAUGAAUGGCUAUUCUAUUAAAAUUAAUGUAGUAUUUUAAGAGUGACAAUGGUUUCAGUAAGCUAUAUUCUGUUGUGCGGUCAGUUCCUGAUGCUACUGACGGUGAUUCUUUUACAAUGCCUGGGAGGAAUUCACUCCCAAAACUCAACGACAACGGAUUAUCCUGCUGUUUCUCCUGGUCAGGGAGCUACUUAUGAAAUACCGGUGGAAAGUGCGAAUUAUACAGAGCCCUUUGAGUACAAACCUCCGUCACCAGUGGUCCUCUGCAGCUAUUUACCAGAGGAGUUCAUCUACUGUCAAGAUCCUGUAGAUCAUGCAGGCAACCACAGUGCCUUUCAGGAAAUGGGUCAUGGUUGUGUCGGAUGGGGUGGCCAGACUCAAAAAGAGGUGAACCACACACCAGUUAUCUGCACUGCACUCGAUGAGAUAGAGUGUGCCGGACCAAGAGAAUUCCUCAGAGGAAAAGUACCCUGCAUCAAAUACACCGGACACUAUUUCAUUACCACCCUGCUGUACUCCUUCUUCCUGGGUUGUUUUGGGGUCGAUCGUUUCUGCCUAGGCCACACUGGCACUGCUGUUGGGAAGCUGCUCACCCUGGGAGGCCUGGGAAUCUGGUGGUUUGUGGACUUGAUCCUACUUAUCACUGGCGGCUUGAUGCCUAGUGAUUACAGCAACUGGUGCACCUACUACUGAGACAGAGAGCCGAGUGAGGACUUGGCCCACUUCUCAGUCAUACAUCAGUUAAAUAUUGAGAAUUCCAGCAAUGUGGCCUCAGCCUACCAUAAUUAUAAAACUGUGGGCUGACUUGAGGGGAUUUACAGCUCUGCUGUGCAAAGUGGAGCCCAGGGACCUCCCAGAGGUGUCUAAUAACGAAGUACAAAUACUUACUUAAGUAAACAUUUUGGGUAUCUAUACUUUACUGGAGUAAUUAUUUUACAGC